AAAUUACCACUGGAGUUCGUCGUGUGUCAACCGAAAGGAUGAUUGGCGUACUCGAGCUUGCUCAUCCAUGUACAUUAAGGUCAUAGGCGGCGCUAAGGAUGAACAAAGGCCGCAAAAGAACACUAAGAAGCAGGUCGAGGCCCCUGGCCCACAAGCGGGGAACAAGAGCGGUCGAGCCAGAGGAUCCUCGGCCCGACUCGCAAGGGCAGCGCGGGGGGCCGAAGCCGGGCCGCUACGAACCCUACGACUGGGAUUCGGACUCAGACGGGGGACACAGAGACGGAGGGGGUCACGGUCGAGUCGGCCGCAAAACUCGCGCGGGCCGGCGAUCCCAUCCGCCGGGGGACAAAGCCCGUGAGCCUGAUGCGGCAGCGGUGGAGCCCGUGGGUCCUCGGCACGACUCGGAAGGGCAGCGCGGGGCCCCGAAGCCGGGCCGCUAUGAACCCUACGACUGGGAUUCGGACUCAGACGGGGGAGACGGAGGGGGCCACGGUCCGCCGCGGGACGAAGCCCUCGAGCCUGAUGCGGCAGCGGUCGAGCCCGAGGGUCCUCGGCACGACUCGGAAGGGCAGGGCGGGGGAGACGGAGACAGAGGGGGCCACGGUCAGGUCGGCCGUGAAACUCUCGAGGACAGGCGAUCCGAUCCGCCGCGGGACGAAGCCCUCGAGCCUGAUGCGGCAGCGGUCGAGCCCGAGGGUCCUCGGCACGACUCGGAAGGGCAGGGCGGGGGAGACGGAGACAGAGGGGGCCACGGUCAGGUCGGCCGUGAAACUCUCGAGGACAGGCGAUCCGAUCCGCCGCGGGACGAGGCCCACGAGCCUGACGAUGGAGCGGUCGAGCCCGGGGGUCCUCAGCAUGAAUUGGAAGGGCAGGGCAGAGGCGACGAACCCUCCGAUUGGGAUUUGUACGAGUGUGAAACGGACGUGGACGAGCUCGAUGGUUCUCAAAGUGAAACGGAAGAACAGCACCGGGGCCCCAGGUCAUCGGGCGAGGAAGACGUCGAGGAAGCCGUUGAGGAAGACGCCGAGGAAGACAUAGAGGAAGAACCAGCCGCAGAGAGCGCGAGCGUGUACCCGGAUACAUUUUCCUCCAAGAACGGUGAAAUAAAGUGGUCAGCGAACGAGCGUGAUCGGUCGAGCGUCCGGGCGUCCCCUCCUCACCAGGCCUCAGGGCCUACCACUGAGGCGAGGGAGGGGGCUCAAGACAUCCUGUCUUCUUUUCUUUUGUUUUUCACUCCGAAUGUAGAAAGACUGAUUUUGAUAGCUACCAACCGCCAUAGCGCCGAUAAGGCCCACGCCUUAAAGACUCCGAAACCCAUGGACGAGAUUGAACUGAGAGCCUACGUGGGACUGCUGAUCUUGGCCGGGGUGUACAGGUCUCGAGGCGAAGCGUUGGUGAGCCUGUGGGAGCCCGAGUGCGGACGACCGAUCUUCGGGGCAACCAUGUCCCUUAGAAGCUUUUACCAGCGCUCUGCGACGCUCAGGUUCGACGAUCGAAGCACGAGAGCCUCUAGGAGCGCUUCGGACAGAUUGGCCGCAGUCAGAGAGGUGUGGGAAGAGUGGUGCGAUCGGCUGCCCAGGCUUUACGACAUCGGACCCGAGGUGACUGUGGACGAACGAAUGGUUCCUUUCAAAGGACGUUGUUCUUUCAGACAGUACAUUCCCAGCAAGCCUACCAAGUACGGCCUCAAACUAUGGGUCGCUUGCGACGCAAGGACGAGCUACGCUUGGAGGGUCCAACCGUACAUGGGCAAGCUGGCUUCGGGUGCUCGAGAGACAAACCUUGCGUCCCGAGUGGUUUCGGAUCUCACCCGGGGACUGGAGCACCGUAACGUCACGUGCGACAAUUUCUUCACUUCGUACGCGCUCGCCACCGAGCUCCUGAAACGGAACAUCACCCUGCUCGGUACGAUCAAAAGCAACAAACCCGAACUGCCUCCGGAGCUCGCGUCGGCCCGCGGACGAGAAGCACUCUCCUCCAGGUUCGCCUUUACGGACUGCGCCGCGGCCCUUUCCUACGUGCCCAAAAAGAACAAAAACGUCCUGCUCCUUAGCACGAAGCAUUCGAGGGUCGAAAUAUGCCACGAACGCAGGGACAAAAAACCAGAGAUGAUCUUGGAUUACAAUAAAACCAAGGGCGGCGUGGACAACCUGGACAAACUGCUGGCCACGUACAGCUGCAGGAGAAUGACCAAGCGCUGGCCCUUGGCCAUGUUCCACAACAUGAUCGACAUGUCGGCGUACAACGCGUACGUGAUAUGGAGGGAAAUGCACCCGGACUGGAUGCCGUGGAACCGCAACCGAAGGAGAAUCUUCCUCGAGCAGCUGGGCAAAGAUCUCGUCAGACCGCUCGUACUUCGCAGGAAGCGUGUUCCUCGCGCAAGGCCGGCCUACGACCUAAUGGUCAGCAUGCAAGAAGCCGGCGGGACGAGCGCGCGCAGCGAGGGCAAAAGAAAACGAUGUCAGAUAUGCCCGCGCUCCAAGGACACAAAGACGCUGAUCUCCUGCAAGAGCUGCGGAAAGAGCAUCUGCAGAGGCUGCACUGUCCCCUUUUGCCCCCUUUGCUCCGAGCGCCAGGGAAGGGACGCCGACACAGACGCGUCCCAGUGAAAGGGAUCGAGCUGUCUGGUAGCGCGACCUGAUGCCUCGUUUCCCACUCGAGUAACUGAAAAUCUGUUCUGUUUUGAUAUCAGCGAGUCUGUCCUCUGUGCCGCCCUGUAUGUCCUCUGAAAAUAAAACUGAGAACUGCUGUCGUACAAAGGUGUCUGUGUGCGCGUGUGUCUGUGUGAACAUUCGAGAAGCAAAACUGUUGAAAGGGUUUGAGGGGUCUACGCGAAGGUACGGAUAUUUCGAUCCAACGCGUUCGAUUCACAAAGAAAGGCCUACAAACAGGGCUGGUUUGAGCUUGCAAAGCCUCUCAGCGCCCACAGGCCAACUCUGUCCUCGUUCGAGUGGAUAAACAGAGUCAGCAGGGAUUCUAAGCUUUACGGGGAGAGAAUUGGCCUGCAAGCUCUGAGGCUUGGCGUUCUGGAGGUAUCUUCACAUUCAGAAUGCUUGAGUCCGGAAAGAUUUUUUUUUUUUCUUCCCACUCGAGCUGUCAGAAUUACAUGUGGAGCCAGUUUGGGGAGGGAACCGCAACAGCCGAGAGCUCAGCGGAAGGGGAAAAAAAUGAGUUGGCCUUGUAGCACCAAAUCUCUUAUGAAUCCUAUGAGCUCUCCACCUAAACCUACUGUGAAUGUUGUGUGAGAUUUUCACUGGGUGUAAAAUAAAAUAAAAACAGAACAAAUAAUCGAAAAGAACCCAAACAUUAUAGUUUUUUUUUUUUGUGUGAUUCGGGGAUGUCUUCUGAUGCAAAAGGCUCGUAGCGCUGGCCAGCCUUCGCGAUCUGGUCUGCGCCCUGGAAACGAGCAGCGUGGGUUUGCGAGGGUAGCCGAGCUGCCACACGGCUGCUCGUUCUGGGAUAGGAUUGGCCUGCGAGCUCCUCUCAUCAACGACACGCUUCAGUUUGCCUCUGAUUCGGCUUCCCUGACACAGCGCGCUGUGAUGUGACUCGCAGAGCCACACAUCAAACCCUUCCCAUAGAGCUUCAUGUGCUGUCAGAGUGGAGGCGAUCGGCCUGCUCUGGGGCUGGGCUCCCCUUGGGGUUGCUUCACAUUUGGAACAUUUGGAGAUACAAGCGGAGCCAGCCCGGAGAGGGAACAGAAACGGACCACAGCUCAACGGAAAGGAGAGAAUGUUGGUCUUUGAGCACUCCGCCUGAAGCUAUCGCGAAUAUUCCGUGAGGUUUUCACUGUCUGUAAAAUAAAAA